AUGGGUGCUUUGGCGUGCCGUGGUCGAGAGAUGACGAUGCGGGCUGGUAGGUUUGCACUCGGGCGGACGCAUGACUUGAUUGUGCUUCUCAUCCGCAGCGCUUAUUUCCACUGGACCUCUGUCCUGGGUUCCAUUGCAUCGGCGAAAGCGCCGAAACAGCUUAACUUGUUCGCCUCGGUACCGACAAGCUUGGGCAAGUUCAUGUGCAAACAAUCGAACGGCGCCCUUGUUCUUCAGGAGAACAACGGUCCUUGGCCCGACGCCGUGAAAGUGAUCGCCAGGAAGUACGUGUGGGACAAAGUUUCUCCGCCCAGAACGCCCGUCUUUCCUCCAAUUGACGGCCCCGAACGCCACGCGCGCCCUCCCGUGACCGCCACAUUCGGACAAGAUCAUGACGAGAUGUGUGGAGAUGGCGACUUGACCACAUUGUGCCAAGAUGUGGAGAAACCGGGGAAGAUGCGAGGCAAAUUAGACUCUGGCGACCGACUAUAA